AGCCGAUUGGCAGAGCGGGGCUUUCAGGAACAAUAACAGUGGGGGGAGCCGGGGCCCCGGGGAGCCUCCCCGCCCCCGGCCCGGCUGCGGCUCACGCCCCUCUAGGGGUCCCCACCUCCGCGCCGCCCUACGGGCUGACCGGCGCCCGGGCCCGCCCCCGGCGCCCACCAUGUACGCCUUUGUGCGGUUCCUGGAGGACAACGUCUGCUACGCGCUGCCCGUGUCGUGCGUGCGCGACUUCAGCCCCCGCUCGCGACUGGAUUUUGACAACCAGAAGGUGUACGCGGUGUACCGGGGCCCCGAGGAGCUGGGCGCCGAGCCUGAGAGCCCCCCGCGUGCCCCCCGGGACUGGGGCGCGCUGUUACUCCACAAGGCCCAGAUCCUGGCGCUGGCAGAAGACAAAUCUGACCUUGAGAACAGUGUGAUGCAGAAGAAAAUAAAAAUCCCCAAACUUUCUCUCAGUCAUGUAGAAGAUGAUGGGGAGGUUAAAGACUAUGGGGAAGAAGAUUUACAGCUUAGACACAUCAAGGAUUGUCUGGGGAAAUAUUGAGCUGCAGUCCAAGAAAGUCCCAGCUGCCCUUGCCUGAACUGAUUCUCGUUGUCCUACACAGAGACCGGAGGGGCGGAAGCCUAGUGAAGCGGCUCACAAGAGUAUCGAGGCAGUGGUGGCCCGGCUAGAGAGACAGAACGGCCUGAGCCUGGGCCACAGCACUUGUCCAGAAGAGGUCUUUGUGGAGGCCUCACCGGGCACAGAGGACAUGGACAGUCUGGAGGAUGCUGUUGUGCCCCGGGCUCUGUAUGAGGAGCUGCUGCGAAACUACCAGCAGCAACAAGAGGAGAUGCGCCACCUCCAGCAGGAGCUGGAGCGGACUCGGAGGCAGCUCGUACAACAGGCCAAGAAGCUCAAGGAGUAUGGGGCAUUGGUGUCUGAAAUGAAGGAGCUCCGAGACCUCAACAGGAGACUCCAAGAUGUGCUACUCCUGCGGCUUGGCAGCGGUCCCGCCAUUGACUUGGAAAAAGUAAAGUCAGAAUGUCUCGAGCCCGAGCCGGAGUUACGGAGCACUUUCAGUGAGGAAGCAAAUACGUCGUCCUAUUACCCCGCUCCUGCGCCUGUCAUGGACAAGUAUAUCCUAGACAAUGGCAAGGUCCAUCUGGGAAGCGGGAUUUGGGUUGACGAGGAGAAAUGGCACCAGCUACAAGUUACCCAAGGAGAUUCUAAGUACACGAAGAACUUGGCAGUCAUGAUCUGGGGAACAGAUGUUCUGAAAAACAGAAGUGUCACAGGAGUCGCCACAAAAAAAAAGAAGGAUGCAAUCCCAAAGCCACCCCUCUCUCCUCACAAGCUAAGCAUCGUCAGAGAGUGUUUGUAUGACAGAAUAGCACAAGAAACGGUGGAUGAAACGGAAAUUGCACAGAGACUCUCCAAAGUCAACAAGUACAUCUGUGAGAAAAUCAUGGAUAUCAACAAAUCUUGUAAAAAUGAAGAACGAAGGGAAGCAAAAUACAAUUUGCAAUAAACUUUGAAUUUUUUUCAUAAGGCUUUUGCAUUUUCCUUGUGUGGUGUAUGCAUUUCGGGUGAUGGUGCCAUCCAAAUAGACUACACCAGACAUGGCUGUGUCUGGGCAGGGGCCUUCAGGGCACUGGGGUCAGUGUCUUAUUCUGAACUUGGACUUCCUACUUCAAAGAAGGCAGAUGGAUUCGCUGAGACUCAGCAUACGAGCCUCAUGCCAUCGCCAGCGUUGUUGUGGAAUGGAAAAAGCACUUUUGCAGGGCUGUAAACAUCAGAGUAGCCUGUCGGGACCACAACACAAACUGUUAUUUUUACCAUCGGAGGACAUCUAUCUCUUCUCCUCUAUUUUGUUCUAUAAUAAAAUUCCAUUAAUUCUUGACGUA